AGGGGCCGCCCGAGCGCGGUCCGAGCCAUCUACUGCUGCCGGCCACCCGGACCUCCCGACUCGCAGCCCGCCCCUUCCCCGCCCGCCGCCGUCACCAGGGAAACGGGCCGCGACCGCCCGCCGACCCCAAGCUGGUUUCAUGGCAGCCGCGAAGAAAGCAGUUUUGGGGCCAUUGGUGGGAGCAGUGGACCAGGGCACCAGCUCGACGCGCUUUUUGGUUUUCAAUUCAAAAACAGCCGAACUACUUAGUCAUCAUCAAGUGGAAAUAAAACAAGAGUUUCCAAGAGAAGGAUGGGUGGAGCAGGACCCUAAGGAAAUUCUGCAUUCUGUCUAUGAGUGUAUAGAGAAAACGUGUGAGAAACUUGGCCAGCUCAAUAUUGAUAUUUCCAACAUAAAAGCUAUUGGUGUCAGUAACCAGAGGGAAACCACUGUAGUCUGGGACAAGUUAACUGGAGAGCCUCUCUACAAUGCUGUGGCUGCUCCAGUUUCUCCUGGCCCUUCAGAUCCAGCUGCCGUUGUUCCCUCUGGCUCUUCAGUUCCAGCUGCUGGCCCUUCCUCAGUGUGGCUUGACCUAAGAACCCAGUCUACCGUUGAGAGUCUUAGUAAAAGAAUUCCAGGAAAUAAUAACUUUGUCAAGUCCAAGACAGGCCUUCCACUUAGCACUUAUUUCAGUGCGGUGAAACUUCGUUGGCUCCUUGACAAUGUGAGAAAAGUUCAAAAGGCAGUUGAAGAAGAUAGAGCUCUUUUUGGGACCGUUGAUUCAUGGCUUAUUUGGAGCUUGACAGGAGGAGCCAGUGGAGGUGUCCAUUGUACAGAUGUAACAAAUGCAAGCAGGACGAUGCUUUUCAACAUCCAUUCUUUGGAAUGGGAUAAAGAGCUCUGCGAAUUUUUUGAAAUUCCAAUGAAAAUUCUUCCAAAUGUCCGGAGUUCUUCUGAGAUCUACGGCCUAAUGAAAAUCUCUCAUAGUCUGAAAGCUGGGGCCUUGGAAGGUGUACCAAUAUCUGGGUGUUUGGGGGACCAAUCUGCCGCACUGGUGGGACAAAUGUGCUUCCACGAUGGACAAGCCAAAAACACGUAUGGAACAGGCUGUUUCUUACUAUGUAAUACAGGCCGUAAGUGUGUAUUUUCUGAACAUGGCCUUCUGACCACAGUGGCUUACAAACUCGGCAGAGACAAACCAGUGUAUUAUGCGUUAGAAGGUUCCGUAGCUAUAGCCGGUGCUGUUAUUCGCUGGCUCAGGGACAAUCUUGGAAUUAUAAAGACCUCUGAGGAAAUUGAAAAACUUGCUAAAGAAGUAGGUACUUCUUAUGGCUGCUAUUUCGUCCCAGCAUUUUCAGGGCUAUAUGCACCUUAUUGGGAGCCCAGUGCAAGAGGGAUCAUCUGUGGGCUCACUCAGUUCACCAAUAAAUGCCAUAUUGCUUUUGCUGCAUUAGAAGCUGUUUGUUUCCAAACUCGAGAGAUUUUGGACGCCAUGAACCGCGACUGUGGAAUUCCGCUCAGCCAUUUGCAGGUAGACGGAGGAAUGACCAACAACAAAAUUCUGAUGCAGCUACAAGCAGACAUUCUGUAUAUCCCAGUAGUGAAGCCCUCGAUGCCCGAAACAACUGCCCUGGGAGCUGCCAUGGCAGCAGGGGCUGCAGAAGGGGUUGGCGUUUGGAGUCUGGAACCUGAGGACUUGUCAGCUGUCACAAUGGAGCGGUUUGAACCUCAGAUCAACGCUGAGGAAAGUGAAAUUCGUUAUUCUACGUGGAAGAAAGCUGUGAUGAAAUCAAUGGGUUGGGUUACAACUCAGUCUUCAGAAAGUGGUGACCCUAGUAUCUUCUGUAGUCUACCCUUGGGCUUUUUUAUAGUGAGUAGCAUGGUAAUGUUAAUCGGAGCAAGGUACCGCUCAGGUAUGCCAUAAAUACUACCAACUCAUGGAUUCCAAAGAUGCGAGCUCUUUACCUAUCGAGAGAAUCCAGUGAUUCUGUCUCUUAAUGUGAUGACACUACUCAUAGACUCUGAUUUUAUUUAUAAGCCACUAGCUGCAUGACCCUCCAAGUAGACCUGUGGCUUGAAAUAAAGAAAAUGCAGCAGAAAGAAUGCUAUAGAAACAUAUGGUGUGUUUUUUAACAUCGGUAGUUAAGAUUGGACCAGCCACCUUUGGGGCUGACCCGCUCCUUUGCCAUCAUUUCCUGCCUCAUUCCCUCUAAGAUCUAGGAAGAAUUCAGAUCCUGUCCAUUGGAAUCUUUAUCACAUAUAUUCAAACUCUGAUGGGCCAGGAUUUGAUUCCUGCACUACACAUGCUUGAUUAAGGGGCUGUUACUAACGGGCUAAAAAUUUGUGACCUUUUGUUUGCUUCUUUUUAACAGACCCCCCUACCCAAAGUCCUCUUUUCUGCAUAUUAGGGAGACCACAACAUCUUCACUGAAUGUUUAAAUGGAAGCCUCUACUAAAUUCUUAAAAUGGAAAUUUAGUACCCUCAUUGCUUAGGUAUUUCUCUGAAAAGUAUUUGCCAAAACUGAAAAUUCUUCAUAUAUUGUAUUUAACGUGGUCUCACUAAUUACACUGAAUUGCUAUCUGGAUCUUAUAGGGAAGGACACUUUCCUUUUUCUUUCUUUCAUCUCUCCUUUUUAUAUAUUUUUUUACUUUGUAUGUCUAACAUACAUGCCUAUAUACUUUAUAUACCGAGGGUAGCCCAUUUAUAAAAAGAGUACGUGUUCUCACUAAUUACACUGAAUUUCUGUCUGAAUCUUAUAGGGAAGAACACUUUCUUUUUUUUCUUUUUGUCUCUCCUUUGUAUAUUUCUUACUUUGUAUGUGUAACAUACAUGCCUUUAUAUUUUAUAUACUGAGGGUAGCCCAUUUAUAAAUUAAGAGCACAUUGUAUUCGGUAGGUUAUAAUGGGGCUGGUCUUAAGUGGACCUCUAUGUGUAUAAAUAUUUUGGAGAAAACAGCUGUAUACAUUUUUGGGCAAUGGUUAUGCAUAUUAUUUACCAGGAGAAACUUUUUCUUAAAGAGCCAACAUUUAAAAUUUAAGUAUAUGUUCUAUGUCAAUAAAAGAAAAUGUACUUUA